AUGUGCUUUGGCACAUUAGAAGAUGCGCGUACAUAUUAUUACCGAUAUGCGGCUAGGACUGGUUUUGUCGUCAAAAUAAGAACCACUGGUUGGGAGACUAGAAACGGUCAGAGAGUGGUUAUUAAUCAGGCUUUGCAUUGUAACAUAGAUGGAUACCGCACAUCCCGUGUAAAGGCACCCAAGAGAAGGAAAACGGUGGCCUCAACAAACUGCAAAGUCCGUUGCUAUUUGGCAUUAGAUAAGAUGACAGAACAGUGGAGAAUUUCUCGAGUAGAGGUAUCCCACUCACACCCGCUUAAUCUGAAGCUAUCUGGAAUGUUUUCAGCAAACCAUCAGCUAAGUAUGCAUGUGAAGGACCUGAUACAGCAAAACGACCAAGUUGGUAUUAGACCGAGUAAGACAUACCAGACACUAUUCAAUGCCGCCAGUGGCCCUGCCAACUUCACCUUUACGGAGAAGGAUGUUAGAAAUUACAUUAGUCGUCACUUACGCAUUUCCGGGGAUGAGACGGAUCCAAAAGAGUUACUUAAGCACUUCUCACUGAUGAAGGAGCUCAAUCCAAACUUUUUCUUUGAAAUAGAUGUGGACGAAAACCAUAGCAUUAGAAAUGUGUUUUGGGCCGAUGCUCGAUGUAGAGCUGCAUGGGAAUAUUUUGGUGAUGUUGUGACGUUUGACACUACUUACAAGACUAAUAGGUACGACAUGCCGUUUGGGUCUUUCGUAGGUGUCAACCACCAUGGGAUAUCUACGCUUCUUGGGUGCGCAUUAUUGCGGAAUGAGGACACUCAUAUGUUUGCUGACCGACACAUGUGGGUGCCAGUAUUUUUCAAGGACGAAUUCUGGGCUGGCAUGAGGAGCACACAGUGUAGCGAGAGCAUGCAUUCAGUUUUCGAUAAGUACUUAAACAGUAAGAGCUCUUUGUUGCAAUUUGUUCGCCAAUACCAAAAAUGUGUUAUAGAUAAGGAGCAAAAUGAGCUUGAGUGUGACGCUGCUGAUUUAAGGGGGAUUAUCUCUUGUGUUUCCAGCUCACCAAUAGAGAAGCAGUUCCAGAGAGAAUAUACAAACUCCAUGUUUCGAGACGUUCAGGAUCAAUUUUUAAAAAAGACCGAUUGUGACAUCUCCUCAAUCAACCGUCAUGGCACAAGUAUAGUUUGUGAAGUUGACCAACAAAAUAUGGUGUUUGACAUGUUAGUGUAUAGCAGAUACCAAGUCGUGUAUUGCUCGCAGUCAUCAGAAGUUCAAUGUGAUUGA